AUGCUACUCCGAAUCAGUCUGCCCCUAAUUCUACUGAUCGGAUCGUGUCAAAGUCUUGGAAAACGAGGAAAAUGUGAGCAGAUUACGAUUCCACUAUGUAAGGGGAUUGGAUAUAAUAUGACAUUGUUCCCGAAUAGCUAUGGACAUGAGAAACAGGAGGAGGCCGGAUUGGAAGUUCAUCAGUUUUAUCCAUUGGUUGAGGUCGGUUGCUUCCAACACCUGAAAUUCUUCCUCUGCACAAUGUACACCCCGAUUUGCCAAGAAAACUACGACAAGCCCAUCCUCCCGUGCAUGGAACUCUGUGUGGAGGCGCGCAAUAAAUGCAGCCCCAUAAUGGCAAAAUAUGGAUUCCGUUGGCCGGAGACACUGUCUUGUGAUGCGCUACCAAAGAUGUCUGAUCAGAUGACGACUGGAAAUAUCUGUGCAGCACCUCCAGAUACACCAAAGAAGGCGCACAAAGGACAUGGACAUCACCAUCAGCAACAGCAACAAAAGUACAACGAAGUAGGAAUUUCGAAAAUUGAAGAUAACGAAAUCCCAAUGAAGCAGGAUCCCAGCACAGAGUGUCAAUGUACCUGCAACCAACCGUUCCAAUACGUGGCAUCUGAAAAAUCGAAAGUCGGAAAUGUGACCAAUUGCGCUUACUCUUGUCACAGUCCUGCUCUUGCUGAUAACAAGAAAUUGGUGUCCAGUUGGAUGGCAUUCUGGAGUACCACAUGCUGCGUCUUGGCUUCUUUCACUUUCCUGACCUUCCUCAUUGAAACCGAUAGAUUCCAAUACCCAGAAAGGCCGAUUUUCAUGCUAGCUUUUUGUCAACUAAUGGUUGCUGUCGGAUUCAUGAUUCGCUAUUUCGUGGGACACGAAGAAAUCGCUUGUGACUCAAUGAAAAUCAAAGGAUUGGAUGAUACAUCUGGAACUCUUUGUUUCGUCGUCUUCCUGUUGACCUACUUGUUCGGAAUGGCCGCGUCGGUAUGGUGGGUGAUCCUCUCGCUGACCUGGGUUCUCUCCGCGGCUUCAAAAUGGUCCCCAGAAGCUAUCAGCUCGUUCUCCGUACAUUUCCACGUUGUCGGUUGGGGACUUCCACUGGCUCAAACACUGCUAGUUAUGGGAUUCAACGCGAUCGAUGGGGACCCGAUUUCUGGAAUGUGCUAUGUUGGAAACACUGACUUGCGAUUCCAGCGGUUUUUUGUCUUGGCGCCGCUUCUCACCUAUUUCUGUGUUGGCGUUUUGUUCUUGAUCAUUGGAUUCUUCAAUUUGUGGAGUAUUCGAAACGAAGUUCAGAAGCAACAUCCAUCGCUGGAGAGUGCACAUAAGAUUACGCAAUUGAUGAGCAAAAUUGGGAUUUUCUCCUUGUUAUACACAAUUCCUUCGUUGCUGAUUAUCUGUGUUCUGUUCUAUGAGCAGAAUCAUAGAGGACUCUGGGAGCAGUCGCAGUUGUGCUCUUGUUCGCCAAAGCAGACUAUUGGCGACUCUUCCCUUAUCAUCUCCCUUAUCAAGACUUGCUGCAUGUGCGUAUUAGGAUGGACAUCCGGAUUUUGGGUAUGCAGUACGAAAACGCUAUCCUCGUGGAAAAAUGCAAUUUGUUGUUUGGGUAACUCCCGCUCUCUUCCCAAAUACCAACCAGCCGACAUUCUCUACGCCAAAUCCGACAUGUCGUCUCCCCAAUUCUAUAACACUAGUCUUCGACACAACCACUUAUAUGGUGGAAUUCCUGACAAAUUGUAG